UCUUUCCUCCCUCUACUCACUUUCCUCGUUUGUUUUGUUUUCUUUUCCUCACUUACUCUCUCUUUUCUUUUCUUUUUUCUUUUUAAAUUUUAAAUGUAAUUGAUGAGGUUGUUGUUGUCUAUCUAGCUAGUAGCUCCCGUUGGCGCCCCUCUUUCUAGUUUUGGAUUGAGGUAUUAAUUUUGUUUUCCCUCUCAACACUGGGGUUGGGGGAUUUUCUGCGCACCCAAACGGGAGAAACACUUCAAAUGUGAUGGGAAGUGGAGUUUCGAGCCUCUGUUCGUGCUUCGAACCGGUGAACCGGACAAACGAACCGGUCCACCAAGACGUGAUAUUCACAGCCACGGAGCCAUUGGACGAAACCCUAGGCCAUUCCUUCUGCUACGUCAGAUCCUCCGCUCGAUUCCUCUCUCCCACUCACUCCGAUCGCUUCCUCUCUCCUUCCACUUCCCUCCGUUUCUCCCCGACCCAUGAGCCCCGAAUCCGACCCGAAUUUCAUGAAACCGGAUUUAAAGCCAUUUCCGGAGCCUCCGUUAGUGCUAACAGUUCCGUCCCCAAAACCGUUAUUCAGUUAGACGACGAUGCAGCCGAUUGCGUUGGAGCCUCCUCCAAGGGCAAUCUCGUCAAUGGCUUCGAAAGCACGUCGUCGUUUAGCGCUCUCCCGCUUCAGCCGGUGCCCCGCGGCGGCGAACCCUUCGAGGGGAGCGGUUUCUUCCUCUCCGGUCCAAUUGAGAGCAACGCCCUCUCCGGGCCGCUCAACGCCGGCUCCGCCGCCGACGGUGGCGAGGUUCCGUUCUCGGCGCCGCUGGGAGGGCUCUAUGGAAAGAAGAAGAAGAAGAAGAAAGGGAUUUCGGGGUUCCAGAAGGCGUUUCACCGGAACUUGUCGGAGAAGAAGCGGCCGUGGGUGGUUCCGGUGUUGAACUUCGUCGGCAGGAAGGAGGUUCCGGUGAGCGAGGGGAAGCCGGCGGCGGAGGCGAGGAUCGAGAGCAAUGUGCAGUGGGCGUUGGGGAAGGCAGGGGAGGAUCGGGUUCACGUGGUGGUGUCGGAGGAGCAAGGGUGGUUGUUCGUUGGGAUUUACGACGGUUUCAACGGCCCCGACGCGCCGGAGUUUCUGAUGGGUCACCUUUACCGCGCAGUUCACAACGAGCUUCAGGGUCUGUUCUGGGAAGUUGAAGAAGAAGAAGCACAAGAAGGAAAUCCCGUAGCGGAGAGUGCUGAAGUGAAAAACAGUGAGGUAGAAGAUUCAACUUCUAGUUCUGCCAAGAAGGUAGAAGGAACGGAGAGUAAACGUCGGAGGCUGUGGGAGCUUCUGGCCGAAGACCCUGAAGAUGGACUCGAUCUUUCGGGUUCGGAUAGGUUUGCUUUUUCCGUUGAUGAUGCACUGAGCGUUAACAAUGCCAAUGCGGGUUCUGCUGUGAGUAGAAGGUGGCUGUUGCUGUCGAAAUUGAAGCACGGGUUGUCUAAGCAUAAGGAGGGUCAUGGGAGGAAGUUGUUGCCGUGGAGUUUGGGGGCGGAGGAGAAAGAGAAGAUGGAGGUUGAGAAUCGAGCGGAGGAUAAGCCUUGUGGUGGUGACGAUGGUGGUGGUGUUGGUGUUGGUGGGAGGAAGAGGAAAGUGGGUCCCGUGGAUCAUGAUCUGGUUUUGAGUGCAAUGUCUCGGGCGCUCCAAGUGACGGAGCUUGCGUAUUUGGAUAUGACGGAUAAGCUUCUGGGUACGAAUCCGGAACUUGCUUUGAUGGGUUCGUGUCUUUUGGUUGUUGUGAUGAGGGAUGAGGAUGUGUACGUGAUGAAUGUUGGGGAUAGCCGUGCUAUUGUUGCACACUAUGAGCCCAAGGAGAUUAAUUCUAAUGCGGGAGAUGUUGGAUCCAGCACCGAGAGCAUAGUUGAAGAGUCAUUGGCUUUAGGUGAAAGUGGAAAUGCAAUCACGUUGGGGAAUGAAGGUCCUGCUCAAGAAAUGAGGUUGGUCGCGUUGCAGCUGUCAACUGACCACAGCACCAGCAUUGAAGAAGAAGUCAUUAGAAUUAAAAAUGAGCAUCCUGAUGAUACCCAAUGUAUAGUCAAUGAUAGAGUUAAGGGUCGUCUUAAGGUCACCAGAGCAUUUGGGGCUGGAUUUUUGAAACAGCCAAAGUGGAAUGAUGCAGUACUAGAGAUGUUUCGUAAUGAAUAUAUUGGCACUACUCCAUAUAUAUCUUGCUCUCCUUCACUACGUCACCAUAGAUUAUGCCAGAGAGAUCAGUUUUUGAUCCUCUCAUCUGAUGGUUUAUAUCAAUAUUUAAACAAUGAAGAAGUGGUUUCUCAUGUUGAGAGCUUCAUGGAAAAAUUUCCAGAAGGAGAUCCUGCCCAACAUUUAAUUGAAGAGCUGCUCCUCCGUGCUGCUAAGAAGGCUGGAAUGGAUUUUCAUGAAUUGCUGGAUAUCCCACAAGGAGAUCGGAGGAAGUAUCAUGAUGAUGUUACUGUUAUGGUGAUAUCACUUGAAGGAAGAAUCUGGAAAUCAUCAGGGAAGUAUCCGUGAGACCUAGAAGUUGUUGGCUCUAUACCCGUGAAAACAUUUUUGCGCCUGAGGAUGCCUUGAGAAGCCAGUGCCAUAGUUUCACACCUGAUCCAUUUUUCAUGGGUCUGAAUAUGUUUUUCUGGGUCUUACAACGUUAAAAAUUAUCAACUGAGGAAUCUCAGAUUUUAUUGGCAAGAGGCUACUGCUAAAGCUCUAUCCAGAAUUAAAGAAUGCUUAAUGCAAUUUGGUUUGAGCUAAGAAAAGGCAUCGCAGAUGGGCUUCUGGAAUUCCCUUGAGGAGUCAAAGAAAAAAAGAUAGUAAAGCUACUGUUUUUUUUUUUUUUUUAAUAUUCGCAGCUCUAUUUCCCCUUUCCCCCGCCUUUAUUUUUUGCAGUUAUAGAGAUGAAAAAUCAUAGAAAUUUUGCAUAGCGAAGGCCCUUUGCAUUUAUUUUUUUUUCUUUUCUUUCUCUGGCAGAGCCAAGAAAACGUGGGUGUAUAUGAGUGGGGAUACAAGUGUAGUGACUGAACUCGAGCAGUCCUUAGUCAGAAAUGACGAUCUAUAAUCGAGGGUGGAUUUCCACCACAGCGAAUUAACAUGAUUAUUCUGAAUU